AACCCGAAUAUCACCAUCGUCGCUCCCCACCUCUCAAUCGACACGCCAUCGAUCAGCUCGACGUUUUUCUGUUCUUUUCCUAGUCCAUGGAAUCACACCGUACCAUAUCAGGCAACUCUCGUUUGACAGACAGACUUCAAGCAUCGGGGCUCAAGAUAGAUAGAUUCAGAUAGACAGGUCGACCCCUGCCUUCCCUUCCCUUCCCUUCCCUGCCUCUCCUCACUUCUAUUCCCCACUGGGCCAUAGCAAUGCAUCAUGCCAUCACCCAUCACGGGGUCCCGCAUCACGCAGCGCCCAACGCAAAACACAGUAUUACUCUAUCCACCCCCAGUCCCAUCGUCACGCCAACUGCGAUGAUCAGUCUUCUCAGCUCAGAAUAGGCGGUAGAGGGAGAGCGCGCCGCACGCCCGGUUGGGUGGUCGAUGCCUGAUGAUGGUGAUGAUCGACAAAGACAAAGACAAAGACAAAGACAAAGACAAAGACAAAGACGCCGGCGAUGACGAUCAAAGCGAAGCUCUGGAAGCUUGGGAUCAAAGCGCCGAGCAGAAACACGUCGACCGUCAACAUCGUUCAGGAUAUCUGUCAUGCCAUCAUCACUAUCGCACCUCUGAGUCUCUGAGUGUGUUGAACCACGACUACGGCCACGAUAAUGGCCCAAGACUCAAGAGCAAGACCCAGGCGCAAUACCAAGACCCAAGACCACCCAAGAGCAAAUACCAAGACCCGAGACCCAAGACCACAACACCACCGAACCCCAUCAAGGCACACGCGCCAAACGAACCAAUACUGACCCGCUCAUCCUGA